UCCUGGGUGGGCAUCGCCCGGCUCUUCGCCAUCGUGUUGUCCUGCAUCGCCUUCAGCUUGGUGGCCUCCACCAGGGACUUUGGGAACGCCUACGGGACGUGGUGCAUGUUCACCUGGUGCUUCUGCUUCGCCGUGACGGUGCUGGUGCUGGUGCUGGAGCUGCUGGAGCUCUACCCCAAGCUGCCGCUCUCCUGGGAUGACUUCACCUCGGCUUUCUCCAUGCUGGCGGCAUUGAUGGUCUUCACCACCUCGGUGGUCUUCCCCUCCGUCUUCAUCAGCAGCCCCCGCAGCGGCACGCAGUGUGCCCCGCUUUCCUCCUGCCUCUGCUUCCUUGCCUACGCCCUCGAGGUGGGGCUCACCCGUGCCAAGCCGGGGGACAUCAGCAGCUUCCUCUCCACCGUGCCUGGGCUCCUCAAGGUCUUUGAAGCCUACGUGGCUUGUCUCAUCUUCUCCUUGCUGGAUACUUACACUUCAGAAGCCGGCCUGCAGUGGUGCGUGGCUGUCCGCCCCAACCCCUGCGACAGGAACUGCUGGUGGGACAAGCACCUGGGGGUCACCUUCCUCACCAUCUUCAACCUCAUCGCCUACUUGGUGGACCUGGUCUACUCCACCAGGAUGGUCUUCAUCAGGGCACCUCCCUAA